UCCCUGUUCAACCUCUCGUGGUGCAUCUCUCGAAGCUGGUUGGGGAACGAGAGCGCACGUAGAGACUAUCGUUCUGGCUUAACUUCGUGGGGGUACAAAUCGAAAAGCUUUUAACGAUUAAAAAUGGCUACCACUUCCACCGAUGGCACGGAUCAGGAAUCCUCUCCUCCAGGCGAUCAAAAUCGAACUCUGGAAACUGAGAAAAGCGAACAGAAAGCAGAGGGCCUCGCCUCUGAACAGGAACCGGUUGGAAACGACACUGUAAAAAUGGACGUGAACGGUGGACAAGAAGGAGCAACAGAGGAGGACGAGAAACCAUCGCCCGUACCCGAAGUCUGCCCAGAAACUACACCAACAGCUGUCAUCGCUAAGGAGGAAAGCGAUGUGGUAAAUGAUAUGGAUUGUGACCUUGCGGAAUCCGGCAAAAGUCCGGAGCAGAGAAGCCAUGCGAGCUGCAACGGCACCGGCGACGGGACGGGGGAGCCGAAACAAGAACAAAGGGAAGAGAACGUGUCCUCUCCAAGCGACUGCAUGAAGAGUAAAGCCGAUGAUUGCACGGAUAAAACCGAUCAUGGCAUAAAGAGACGAGCCAGCGUAGAAAUGUCUUCGUCCGACGGAGAGCCUUUGAGUAGAAUGGAUUCAGAAGACAGUAUCAGCAGCACUCUUAUGGACCUGGAGAGCACAGCGUCCAGCGGCCGUUCCACGCCGGCCAUGAUGAACGGCCACGGCGGCACGGCGGUCCCCGCCCCCAAGGGCUCCUCCUCGUCCUACCCGUGCUGCUGGGACCAGUGCCACAUGCUGUACAGCAACAGCCCCGACCUGGCCGAACACAUCCGCGGCACACACGUGGACGGCCAGCGAGGAGGGGUGUUUGUGUGCCUAUGGAAAGGCUGUAAGGUGUACAACACUCCCUCCACCAGCCAGAGCUGGCUUCAGAGACACAUGCUAUCCCACAGCGGAGACAAGCCCUUCAAGUGUGUGGUUGGGGGUUGCAAUGCCACCUUUGCCUCCCAGGGGGGGCUAGCGCGCCACGUGCCCACCCACUUCAGCCAGCAGAACUCCUCCAAGAUGUCCAGUCAGGCCAAACUGAAGGAGGAGUCGCCCUCCAAAGCAGGCAUCAACAAACGGAGGAAGCUGAAGAACAAACGCCGACGCUCGCUGCUCUCUGUCCUUCCCGCAGCGCGGCCACACGACUUCUUCGACGCCCAGACGAUGGACGCCAUCCGGCACCGAGCCAUCUGCCUCAACCUGGCCACCCACAUCGAGAGCCUGGGCAACGGCCACAGCGUAGUCUUCCACAGCACGGUGAUCGCCAGGCGGAAAGAGGAUUCUGGGAAGGUGAAGGUUCUCCUACACUGGACUCCUGAGGACAUCUUGCCGGACGCGUGGGUGAGCGAGAGCGAUCGGCCACAGCUCAAGACCAAAGUGGUGCACCUCUCCCAGCUGCCUCAGGACACAGCCGUGUUGCUGGACCCCAACAUCUACAGGAUGUUCUUCUAGGCCCGGUGGGAGGCCCGUGUCGUGUCCUGCUGAUGUCCGUGGUGUGACGUGAAUGACCAGAACAGUCAAAACAGGAGGGUUUCUCUUUUUCAUUUGUUUCAUUUUGUUUGUUCGAUAUUUGUUGUGUUUUGAUUCCCUCCCUCCUCUGUUCUUUGUUUUGUUGUUCAAUUUUUGUGUCAAUCUUUUCUUUUUAGUUUGCCAAAGUAUGCAGUGACUUUAUUUUGAGGGUUUUCCUUAAAACUAUGAAACAAAAAAAAACGUAUCUGGUGCUGAAGUUUUGUCAAGAGCUUGUCUUUUUUUGAAUAUGUUUUUUUUUUCUGUAGAACACAUAGGAUUGAGAAAGCGUUUUUUGCUUUUCCUACACAAUGAAUUCUUAUGUAGAACUUUGUAUUUGUAGAAAAACUUGUCACUGUAAAUAUUCCUGGAGAUUUGUAAUAUAUUUUUAUACCAUGAAAAUUUUACUGUACUGUACUUCUGCUGUAGAUAGUUCAAUCUCAUGACCUGUUCUCUCCUCUGUCUUUUGUUUCUGCAUUUUGAAGAAAAGCUAUUUGUACAUAAUGUGAUAAAGUAGACUUGACACAUCCUGUUAAUAGCUAGAGCUUUUCUCUCGUCCCUUGGCACAGUAAGUUAAAAGGCAAGAUUAAGUGACCUCUCCCUCUCCCUCACCUCAAUCCUGUAAUUGUGAAGCACUGGUUUGUGUCACCCCUGUGAUGGUUCUGCAUCUGAUGAUGAAGCAGAUAGUCGGAUACAGGUGAAGUACCUCCAUCAGGCCAAUUCUAUCAUAGUCGACAUAUAUGUGUUUUGUUUUUCUGUGUGUGUGUGUGUGUGUCCAUGUAUAUGGCUGUGCCUGGAUCACACACGAUGGCAGUAUUAAGCUCCGAUCUCUGUGGUGCAGGGAGGGAAGCGGUUUGCAUGUGGGAAGAGGCUUUGCAUAGAAAUGUCAGCCGUGAGAAUAGCUGUGCUCCUUAGUCUCCCGAGUCGUGAGCACUUCACGUCUUGUCUUAACGUUGCGUAAGAUGGGAUCUCUAACUCUGUUUUUUUGUAAUAAAAUGGAAUAUUAAUUUUAAAACGCCA